AGAGAGGAGGCGGGGUAAAAAAGAGAGGGCGAAGGUAGGCUGGCAGAUACGUUCGUCAGCUUGCUCCUUUCUGUCCGUGGACGCCGCCGAAGAAGCAUCGUUAAAGUCUCUCUUCACCCUGCCGUCAUGUCUAAGUCAGAGUCUCCUAAAGAGCCCGAACAGCUGAGGAAGCUCUUCAUUGGAGGGUUGAGCUUUGAAACAACCGAUGAGAGCCUGAGGAGCCAUUUUGAGCAAUGGGGAACGCUCACGGACUGUGUGGUAAUGAGAGAUCCAAACACCAAGCGCUCCAGGGGCUUUGGGUUUGUCACAUAUGCCACUGUGGAGGAGGUGGAUGCAGCUAUGAAUGCAAGGCCACACAAGGUGGAUGGAAGAGUUGUGGAACCAAAGAGAGCUGUCUCGAGAGAAGAUUCUCAAAGACCAGGUGCCCACUUAACUGUGAAAAAGAUAUUUGUUGGUGGCAUUAAAGAAGACACUGAAGAACAUCACCUAAGAGAUUAUUUUGAACAGUAUGGAAAAAUUGAAGUGAUUGAAAUCAUGACUGACCGAGGCAGUGGCAAGAAAAGGGGCUUUGCCUUUGUAACCUUUGACGACCAUGACUCCGUGGAUAAGAUUGUCAUUCAGAAAUACCAUACUGUGAAUGGCCACAACUGUGAAGUUAGAAAAGCCCUGUCAAAGCAAGAGAUGGCUAGUGCUUCAUCCAGCCAAAGAGGUCGAAGUGGUUCUGGAAACUUCGGUGGUGGUCGUGGCGGUGGUUUCGGUGGGAAUGACAACUUUGGUCGUGGAGGAAACUUCAGUGGUCGUGGUGGCUUUGGUGGCAGCCGUGGUGGUGGUGGAUAUGGUGGCAGUGGGGAUGGCUAUAAUGGAUUUGGUAAUGAUGGAAGCAAUUUUGGAGGUGGUGGAAGCUACAAUGAUUUUGGCAAUUACAACAAUCAGUCUUCAAAUUUUGGACCCAUGAAGGGAGGAAAUUUUGGAGGCAGAAGCUCUGGCCCCUAUGGCGGUGGAGGCCAAUACUUUGCAAAACCACGAAACCAAGGUGGCUAUGGCGGUUCCAGCAGCAGCAGUAGCUAUGGCAGUGGCAGAAGAUUUUAGUUAGGUAAGUAAGCACCUUUUUGUGUGUUGACAUAAUUUUUUUAAUUGCUGAUGAACCCAAUAACCCUAAUGUAGCUGAGCAGUGCAACAUAGUUAACAUUAUAAUUGCAGUAAUUGUGGAUAUAAAGUUAAUAUUCAGAUCAGCAAAAUUUGUGGGAAACAAACUUGAUAUUGGAUUGUAGCCUUGAGUCUUAAUAUGUUUAGAUUAACAACUUUAUUCCAUAUUGUUCAACAGGAAACAAAGCUUAGCAGGAGAGGAGAGCCAGAGAAGUGACAGGGAAGCUACAGGUUACAACAGAUUUGUGAACUCAGCCAAGCACAGUGGUGGCAGGGCCUAGCUGCUACAAAGAAGACAUGUUUUAGACAAAUACUCAUGUGUAUGGGCAAAAAACUCGAGGACUGUAUUUGUGACUAAUUGUAUAACAGGUUAUUUUAGUUUCUGUUCUGUGGAAAGUGUAAAGCAUUCCAACAAAGGGUUUUAAUGUAGAUUUUUUUUUUUUUUUUUUUUUUGCACCCAUGCUGUUGAUUGCUAAAUGUAAUAGUCUGAUCGUGACGCUGAAUAAAUGUCUUUUUUUUUAAUGUGCUGUGUAAAGUUAGUCUACUCUGAAGCCAUCUUGGUAAAUUUCCCCAACAGUGUGAAGUUAGAAUUCCUUCAGGGUGAUGCCAGGUUCUAUUUGGAAUUUAUAUACAACCUGCUUGGGUGGAGAAGCCAUUGUCUUCGGAAACCUUGGUGUAGUUGAACUGAUAGUUACUGUUGUGACCUGAAGUUCACCAUUAAGAGGGAUUACCCAAGCAAAAUCAUGGAAUUAUUGGUUAUAAAAGUGAUUGUUGGCACAUCCUAUGCAAUAUAUCUAAAUUGAAUAAUGGUACCAGAUAAAAUUAUAGAUGGGAAUGAAGCUUGUGUAUCAUCCAUUAUCAUGUGUAAUCAAUAAACGAUUUAAUUCUCUUGAA